CUAAUUUCACUCCUUUUAUUUCUUCUUCGGCCAAACGCUUCUCACCUUCAAACCUCAAUCCACUCUGUCAUGGCUACCGAAAACACCACCGCAGAAGCCGUUGCCAAAGCCAUAGACUCUCUUCUCAAAUGGAGAAAAUCAAAGCUAGAAACAGAAAAACCAAAACUCUUCGAUGAAGACGAAGAAUUCGUUUAUCUUAUUUUAACCCUAAAAAAAAUUCCACAAAAUAGUCGCGUUAACCCUCACAAAAUCCCAAUCCCUCAUUCCCUCCUCUCCGCCUCAUCGGAACAGUGUCUCAUCAUCGACGACAGAGCCAACAAGCCAGCUCGUCUCACCAAAGACGAAGCUCAGAAGAAGAUUCAGUCUGAAUCAAUUCCUAUUUCGAAAGUUCUUAAGGUUACGAAACUCGCUUCCGAUUAUCGUCCUUUCGAGGCGAAACGAAAGCUUUGUAAUUCAUAUGAUCUGUUUUUUGCUGAUAAGACUAUCGUUCCAUUGUUGCCGAGGUUGUUAGGGAAACAGUUUUUCAAGAAGAGGAAGCUUCCAGUGCAAGUUGAUUUGAAGAAGAUGAAUUGGAAGGAGCAGAUUGAGAAGGCUUGUUGUUCUGCUUUGAUGUUUUUGAGGACUGGGACUUGUAGUGUUCUUAAGGUAGCGAAGUUGACUAUGGAGAGAGAUCAGAUUGUUGAGAAUGUGGUUGCUGCGAUUGAGGGUGUUGUCGAGGUUUUUCCGAAGAAGUGGGCGGCUGUUAGGUCUUUUCAUGUUAAGUUGUUGGAUAGUCUUGCUCUGCCUGUUUAUCAGUCUGUUCCUGAUGUUAAGUUGAAAAUUGAGAGUCUUAAGGAUUUGGAGGCUGCGUUGGAGAAGGAGGAGAAGAAGGUUCGCGAUGGGAAAAAUAGGAAGAAGAGUGAUAAGAAGAAGGGGAGGAUUCAUGAGAUUAAGCAUAUGGAUGAUAAAAUGAGCGAGGAUGGUACUGAUCGUGAGGAUGUUACUGAUCGUGAGGAUGUUGAUGGUGAUGAUAUUGAUGAUGAUGUUGUUGAUGGUGGUGAUUUGUUUGAUGAUGAUGAUAUUAAGAGUGAAGAAUUGGUGAGUAAGAAGGGGAAAAAAGGAUUGAAAAAGCGGGAUUCUAGUGAGUUGGGAAGUGUGAAAUCCUUAAAGGGUUCUGCUAAAAGGACCAAGAAAGAUGGGUUGGCUGUGAAUGAAGCAGAAGAAGGUUCGAUCAAGAAGAGUAGCGAAAAGAGAAAGAAAUUAUCGGUGAAGGAUGAGGGUUCUGAUAAGAAGAAAAAGAGGUUGGCUGUGAAAGGUGCAGAAGAAAACUUGAUCAAGAAGAGUGAAAAGGUUGAGGAUGCAGGUUCGGACAAGAAGAAGAAAAGGGCAGUGGAUGUGAAAGCUGCAAAAGAAGCUUUGAUCAAGAAGAGCGAAAAGAAAUUACCGGUCAAGGAAUUCGGUUCGGACAAGAAGACAAAGAGAGCGGAUGCACAGGUAAAGGCUAAGAAAACUAAGAGGGUUGUAUGAUCUGACUGUUCCUUUUGGAGAGAUUUUGUUGUUACAAUUUAUUGCUUGACGAGGCUCUGUGAAAUCAUGUGUUGUUUUGCUUGAUGAGUUCUCUGGCAGAUUUUGUUUUCUUAGAAUAUUAUUAUGUUAUUUAUUGGCAUUGCUUUUGGUUAUAAUGUUGUUUACUAAUUCAAAUGUACUUUGUUUAAGCUUUUAGAAUGGUUCUCUAUAGAAAAAACAAAAUUUUGUGUCGCAUUUCGGUGAUAUAUUAAGUUAUUAGAUAC